AUGGCACAGAUUUUAGCUCCUUCUGCCCAAUGGCAAAUGAGGAUAGCCAAGAGCUCAACCGAGGCUUCUCCAAUGGCUUCAAAGGUGUGGGGCUCUGUUGUAAUGAAACCAAAUAAAAGACUUGCAGUAAAAAGCUCUGCUAAGUUCAGAGUGUUUGCGCUGCAGCCUGAGAACAGCACUGUGAACCGGAUGGAACAGCUGCUAAAUUUGGACGUUACUCCAUACACUGAUAAGAUCAUUGCUGAAUACAUAUGCCAAUUGUUUGGUAUACUAAUUAUUGGUAACUGGAAUGGUGCUGGGUGCCACACCAAUUACAGUACCAAGAGUAUGAGAGAGGAAGGGGGCUUUGAAGUUAUCAAGAAAGCAAUUCUGAAUCUCUCGCUUCGCCAUCUGUAUCACAUCAGCGCUUAUGGAGAAGGAAAUGAGAGAAGGGAGUUGCUAACCGAUACCGAGAAGAAUGGCAAAGGCUAUUUGGAGGAUCGACGCCCUGCUUCAAACAUGGAUCCCUAUGUGGUGAGUGGUGACCGUGUUACUUGCUGA